AUGCCAGCGCUCGUGGCGGUGUCGAACAGGAUCGUCUUCGCGAACCCGAAAGCCCCGGUUUACCCACGUCUAGCGCUCGGGAAAACAUGGAACGAGAUGACUGUCACAUGGUCAAGUGGGUAUGGCAUCAGUGAGGCGCACCCCUUUGUUGAAUGGGGCAUGAAAGGGAGCCAUCCUGUGCACGCGACAGCUGACACUGUCACCUUUGGUCGCGAGAGCCUCUGUGGAGAACCUGCUCGUAGUGUUGGUUGGAGGGAUCCAGGCUUCAUACACACAGCUUUCCUGAAGAAUCUAUCACCAGAGAAAGAAUACUACUACAAAAUCGCACACACGCUCCAUGGUGGAAAAGUUAUAUGGGGCAAGCCCAAAUCCUUCAGAGCACCUCCUUAUCCCGGGCAAAAGUCACUGCAGCGGGUUGUUAUUUUCGGUGACAUGGGAAAGGACGAGAGAGACGGAAGCAACGAGUACCAGAAUUACCAGCCUGCGUCACUCAACACCACCGACGCGCUGAUCAGGGACCUCGACAACACCGACAUCGUGUUCCACAUCGGCGACAUCUCCUACGCUAACGGCUAUCUGUCGCAGUGGGAUCAGUUCACGCAGCAGGUCGAGCCAAUCACCUCUCGAGUACCCUACAUGAUCGCAAGGCGGGAACCACGAGCGAGAUUUCCCCAACAGCGGGUCGCUGUACAACGGCACGGACUCCGGCGGGGAGUGCGGGGUGCCGGCCGAGACCAUAUACUACGCGCCGACGGAGAAGAGGGACAACUACUGGUACUCCAUGGACUACGGGAUGUUCCGGUUCUGCGUGGCGGACAGCGAGCACGACUGGCGGGAGGGCACGGAGCAGUACAGUACAGGUUUCUCGACCGCUGCCUGGGCAGCGUGGACCGGGCGAAGCAGCCGUGGCUGGUCUUCAUCGCGCACCGUGUCCUCGGCUACUCCUCGGGCUUCUUCUACGGCUACGACGGGGCGUUCGCGGAGCCCAUGGCGCGGCAGAGCCUGGAGGGGCUGUGGCGGUGGCACCGGGUGGACGUCGCCUUCUACGGCCACGUCCACCAGUACGAGCGGACGUGCCCUGUCUACGAGGAGAGGUGCGUGCCGGACGGGCACGGCACCGUCCACGUCGUCGUCGGGGGCGGCGGCAGCCACCUGAGCAGCUUCACCGCCGAGGCCCCGCCGUGGAGCGUGUACCGGGAGAUGGACUACGGUUUCGGCAAGCUCACGGCGUCCGACGCCAGGUCGCUCCAGUUCGAGUACCGGCGGUCCAGCGACGGCAAGGUGUACGACAGCUUCACCCUGCACAGGGACUGA